CGUUGAAUAGGUUCCGCGACUUAUGUAUCAGUGUAUGUUUGCAGUAUUUUUUUGUAACGCACAUAGUACUAUUUGCGUACUCAAACACGUCAGAUAAACUUGAGGGAAAAUUGCGAAAAAAAUGCCCUCAAGGACAGUAAGAGGAUUUACAUGAGUGCAUUCGGAUUCAUUAGGAUCCGCAGACCCUCCCGAUGGGAUGAAUAGAGAGAGAGCAUUUUUUGGGAAUGGCGGAAGUGUAAAUAGGAAAAAUGCCAGGGGAAUUUGACGAUGUUGAGGGCCUCGGGGUGGACGGCGAAGAUGACGUCGCAGGACUCAACGAGAUCGUGUUGGAGUUAUUGAAAGAACCACCAAAAAAUGUGCAGAGCACAGCCCCAGGAACAAAUUCGUCGGCUGAAAAUCAUGCUGAUUGCCAAGAUGAAAAUAAUAUUUAUGAAAAUUCAAGAAUUGUCCACUGCAAGUGUGCUAUCGAGUGUGGCUUUGUGAGGGGAAGUCCAGUUCAACUGAAAAAUUAUUCCCAAUCAUUACCCCCUAUUGGAGUCUUCUGGGAUAUUGAAAACUGUCCGGUACUCAGAGGAAGAUCUGCAGCCUCCGUAGCCCAAAUCGUACGGGAUAAAUUUUUCCAUGGGUACAAAGAGGCUGAGUUCAUCGUUGUUUGUGAUGUGAACAAAGAAAAUCACCAAGUCGUUCAAGAGCUGAACGAUGCACAGGUAAAUUUAAUUCAUGUAGCUGCGACCUGCAAAAACGCAGCAGAUGAGAAAUUGAAACAAUCUAUCCGGAGAUUCGCUGACAUUCACGGAAGUUCAGCUACAGUUGUCCUGAUUUCGAGUGACAUAAAUUUUGCUGCUGACCUGAGUGAUCUGAGGCAUCGUAAAAAACUAUAUGUUAUUUUACUUCAUAAUGAAAAUUCAUCGAAGGCACUCAUACACUGCGCCCAUGAGCACUAUAAUUUCAUGGAGCUCAUGGAGCCCCUGCCAACGAGAACGCCAGGCAAGGCCAUUGAGCCCCAUGAUCUCCUCAUCAGCAACCUUCCAAAGGACAGAGGUCUGACAUUGAUAAGAAGACGUUUAAAACGUCUUUCCGACAACUGCGGAGGUCGUGUGAUCGGCAUAAAUUCAAACACCGCGAUAAUACGUUUCAGCUCCCAGGAUUCAGCCGACAGAGCACAAAAGCGCAUGGAUGGUGAGCCUGUUUUUGACACGAAAAUUAAUGUGAGAUUUCUGGAGGUGAAGGGCGACCGAAGUACUCAAGCGAGCAACUUGACCCGUGAGUUAACGAGUGAAUGUGAACCAGCAGCCGGCUCACCUGUACAAAUGUAUAGUGCUAAUUCGACCAUUGGUGUUAGGAGUUUACCUGGCACACCACAUUACAAUUCAUCGUCACCUGUUGUUGGAAAUUUCACAGGAUGGAACGGCAUGCCCUGGGCUUCAGUUAAUCAUCCCUCGGGAGGAAUGCCACCAACCCCAAUGUACAUGAACCGUGCCUACACAGCAAACCCCGAGUCGAUGUAUACCCGUCCAUUCGCAGACCCCCCACGUGGUCACUCACCAGUGGUAUGGCCAGUGGUGGGUCCCCAGUAUGGCCGUUCCUGGGAGGAUCCCUACAGAAUGCCAGCGCAAAAGCCCUUCGCAAAGCGUUCGCAGCUCCCCCCCAACCGAGACACCCCCCAGGCCAGUCUGUCCAACACACCAGAGGGUAUGAGACGAAUUCGUGGUGCCCACAGUGCCCUAAGUCACACAGCACCCGAGUGGAAUAUGCCAAGACCCUCGUAUUGUUCCCUACCCCCCUCCACCAGCUUCAGCAGCUCCAACUACUGUUCAAAUGCCUACAAACGUGGAAGCUCAUCUCCCCUGUUCAUGAAUCAAUCGAGGGAUCACCCAAGUGGCCAGUGGAAUGGACAGGGCCAAUCCAUCCCGUCCAUGAGAUCAGCCAAAACCCCAUCGCCAUAUGGAAACGGUGGAAUGCUACCACUAGCGCAACCAUCUAAUCGUACAUCGCCUUAUCAGCAUAGUGAGUCUGAGGAGGAGGUGGAGAGAUUCUUCAAUCCCAUCAACAAUCGAGGCAACUGUUCUGGGCCUGGCAAUGCCUACACGCCCAUUGAGCUCCAGGUGACCAAUUUAGACCAGAGUAUGGAGCCCAAGGAGAUGAAACGAAUAUUGUCCUGUAUUUUCAUGGAGCAUAUCCACGUCAUUCAUGUGUCGGUCUUCAUGCAGUCUGAUGGAAAUUUUGCUGCCAGCGUCAAGGUGCCCUCCCUCCAGGAGGCACAGUACGCUAUUUCCCAGCUGCACAGACGUAAGGUUGGGUACAAGAGGAUAUUGAUAUCUUAUGCACAUACUGGAGGACCCAAUCCACAGCUGGUCAGGUCUCAGAUUGUCAUGUUGCUCCAGGAAGUGCCUGGACACAAACUACCACUAUUCAAGUUCAGGGAGAUGUAUGAGAGCAGGUUCAUGAUUUCUAUCAGUGUCUCGGAGUUAUAUAAGAUGAAGGAUGUCUGUAUUGUUACGGAAGAUCCUAGCGGCAGGAUGGUCGCACUGAAUCCUGAUCAUAGGAACACACCGUCUCCAUGUGUUGCCAGUGUUACGCAGGAAGGAUCCCUGGAGCUGCCGUUCUGCACAAUCCACAUGCAGAAACCAGUAUCAGAUAAAGGUUGGGCUGAACAGGAGAUGGCCUCCCUCCCAAACGUCAUGAUUCCCCUCGAAUUUCUGGCCACCCGUGUGAAACAGCUUCUCUCCUCUCACAGUGGAAGUCUGCCUCUCCCAAGCCUUCCAACGUGCUAUGAGGGUGUUUUCCAGGAAUCCCUGAAUGUCGACGAAAACGGGGUACCCCUGGAGCACCUGGUAUCCUGUGUCCCCUCGGUGGAAUUGAGACAGGGAAUUGGAAGUGUCAAGUAUCUCGUUUGGGUAGGUGACAAGGGACACGACGACAGCCACGAGGAACUCAUCAAGUGCGUCAGUCCACCACUUGCGAAUCAGCUAGCUCUCUUCAGCAGGGAGCUCGUGGACUUGCUGAAGACAGCCCCACACUGUCAGCUGCCUUUCAAUCGCUUCAUUCCAGCCUAUCACCAUCACUUUGGGAGACAAUGCAGGGUGGCUGAUUAUGGAUUUACUAAGUUGAUUGAUUUAUUGGAGGCAUUGACGCACACUGUGCAGGUCAUGGGUGAGGGGAACAAACGCGUAGUGACCCUAUCCCAUCGUGCUCAGGUACGUCGCUUCACAUCAGACCUUCUUCGGGUCCUGAAGGCCCAAGCUAGCAAGCAGAUAACCCUCUCCGAAUUUCCCAGCGUCUACGCAAGAGUCAUAGGGAAGCCCUGGGAUGUCGUGGAUUACGGUAUCUGUGCCAUUCACGACAUCCUGCAGGAGGUCUCCGAAAACACAGUAGUUGUGACAAACUGCAACGACACCGACAAGCUCAUCUCCAUCCCUAAACGUGAACAGACCCCCGAGGAAAUCGAACGAACCAAACAAUUUGCCAUUGAAGUAGUGGAAUUGCUUCGUCACGCCCCCCAGUGUAGUAUGCAGUUCAAUAAAUUCGUACCGUCCUAUCAUCAUCAUUUUGGUCACCAAUGCCGUGUCUCCGAUUAUGGUUUUACAAAGUUGAUUGAACUCUUCGAGGCAAUACCCCAUGUAGUUAAUAUCGAGGACUCAGUGAAUGGGGAGAGACGCAUAAGUCUCACCGAGAGAGAGGGACUUAGAGUUUUGGGUGAGCAGAUAAGCAAGCUCGUGCUUAAAACUCGAGGCGGUCUCGCUGUUUCCAGCAUUGCUCAGGCAUUUUUACGUCAAUUUGGCUACAUGCUGCGUCCAGAAUUUUUUGGUUGUAGUUCAAUGCUACAACUGAUGGAGAAACUAGACGACACUGUCAAAGUAAUUCAGAGCUCGGGUUCCCCAUUAGUUGUCCUAGUGGAUAAAUCUCAUGUUCAACUGCUGAGCCUUCAGUGUCGAAGGAUUCUAAUGGACCAGGGCCAACAUAAAAUGACACUGAAGGACUUCAAGAUUGUUUACAACGAUUUAUACGGGACAUCCUGUAAUAUUGAUGAUUUCAGAAAUGAUAUGUCUGAGAUUGUGAAAUUCAGUGGUGAUGGGGAAAACGAGUCUAUCCAAUUAACUCCACUUCAAUGUUUAGCGUGCAACAUUUACAAGAUUCUUAUGAGUCAGGGAGGAAGGCUUAGUCUGCAGAAAUUUGAGGCUGGAUAUUUGAAUGCCUUCAAGAAGAGCUUGAAUCCAGCUCAGUACGGAUUCUCCACUAUAUCGGCUCUACUGCAGGCACUGCCAUGCACUGUUACCAUUAAGGAGACUCGCACCAAGAAGAAGAAUCUCUUUUUGAGCAAGAAACUGGCAACAGCUGGCAUCCUACUGCCCUCCAACUUUUUAUCCCCUCCCAGGGACAACGAUUCUAGCAGCGAAUCGUUCGAGAGCGAUCAGAGGAUCGAUACUAUCGAAAAUCAAAGCUCUGUAAAGUGGAUGGGCAAGGAUGUAACAGUGUGGAACGACAAGAGGAACAACACAUCAUGGAAAAAGGAUAACCACUGGGGGUUGUCCACCUGCGAGAAGUCCCUCAAGUGGCCUACCCUUCAAACAACUGGAGAGUCAUUCUUCAAGAGUUUGAUGAAGACCCCAACACUGAAGAAGAAUCUUCCCAAACCACCCAAGCCAGACACCCCUCCCAGCGAUGAUAAGGACACCUGGAAGUCGUCGUUCUGGGUAACACCACCAAAUAUCAGUCAUGAUGUACGUGCCAGGAGUGUUGAAAUGCCCCCAAUAAAUCUUCCCGAUUGGAAUGAAAUUGAUGAUGACGAUUCAGUGGGCAAUUUGCUAUCACCAAUGAAGAGUCUACUGUCAGCCGCUGCUAAUCCACUCAAUCCUAGGACUUCGCCUUUCUUUAGUAAUAAACACUCUGUUGUGGCUCCACAUCCAUCUGAAUUACCACUGCCAUCGCUGUCACUGGCACCAAGACGUGGACAUUCCAAAAAUGAUGUUCUUGACUCGAGACUCCUGGGGAAUUCUUUGGAAGUUCAUAGCCCAACUAAUUCGGAGAACUACAGUAUAUCAGAGAGUGAGUCCUCAGACGCAUUCAAUAGCACUCCCAGCAAGAAAAUGUUUACUGGUAAACGUCGACUUGCUGCACAGUUCAGCCAACCGUUGGAUUGACCUGGGGAGGAUGAUACUGGGAGGCUAACUUAAGUGGUAGGUAUUUUCUUGAAAAGAAAAUUGAAGAACAUUAAAGUUAGUGUGGGUGGUUUCUGAGAAUUUGAUAUGUAUUUGGGGUUUGGAUGGAAAAUGUUGUAAGGGGUAAUGUCACAUUCAUGACAUCUGGUUGUUACCAUAUUACUAACGAGUAUAACGAGUUUUUUUAUUGAUAAUUUGCUUUCAGAGAAGUAACUCGUUAUUUGAAUGUACCUAACAUUUUUUCCAGACUGUGAUAUACAAUAUGUACAAAAUGGAUUUACCGUUUUUAAUUCAUAUAGGUAGGAUCAGGUUUGGGUGUAGAUUAUUUCAAAUUUUAGUCACUGUGAGUCGACUCGUGAAGCGGUGAAACAGUUCAAGUUGGUUUUGACUACGUUGCUUUCAGGAGAUAUCUCGAAAUCUAGGGGAGACACGAGAUUUUUUUUUUUUUGAGAGUUUUGGGUCCCUUAAUUCACGCUACAGUAUGCUGAAUUCUUCAGUGAGAAUUCAUUUUGUUCUAUUACAUCAUAGCUGAAUUAAAAUCAGCAAGAGUUGAGAUACUUAUUAUAAGUACUCCAUUUCCAUUUUUUAUAAAUCAUUCGUAUAUUCUUAUGUAUCCUUUGUUACCUGACAUCCAAAAAGACAACGAAAAAGGAUCUUACGAAAGUGCGUGUAAUUUUCUUCAAAUUCUAAAUAAAAAAAAAAAUCAUAGAAAGAAUUUCACAAACUCUGUUUAGUCUGAAUUGGAGAAAAUUCCAAAUGUUUCCUUGAUUUAUUUUACUGGAAAUGAGACGUUGAAAUUCAGGAAAUUAGCUGGCAGUUAUUGAUCAUUAAUUGUUUAAUUGAUUAUAAAUAUGAAGGAAUAAUCUUAUUUAUUUGAGUUGUCUCCUCCUAUCACCAUACGUAUCCGGAAAUGAUCUCAAAUUAUUUUAUAUUUGUAGAAUAAAUCACUCAUAAAUUAUAUCAUAGCUAUAAUUGAAUAAGAAAUGAAAAUAUGGAUUAAAGUCACGAAGAAAAAGCGUGGAAAGCUCAAGAGUAAUUAAGUUAGUGAUUGUCGCCUUAAAUUUAGUCUUUGUCCUCAUGUUCAAAUAGUUCGUACAUUGCUGAUCGUAUAUUUAUGAAAAAUAUGUGCGAGGACAGAGCGAAAAUUUCCUGAUACUGUUGAAUGGCUAAUUAAUUUUGUAACUAAUUAUUAAUUAUGAAGGCAUAUAUUUUUAUAUUUAUUAAUGAUUAUCCACACACCUAAAAGCUUUUACAUGGCGAAAGUAAGUGCGACCACAGGAAAUAGUGAAUUAUAUUGAGGAAUAUCACGUGUUCUAGUAUUUUAAGAAUAAUCUUCAGCGAUGAUUUUUCAAAAUAUUUUAUUAAGAUUUUACAAAAAUCUGUAAUAAAAUUUUUAUCUCGGUGAGAAAAAAAAAUACAAGAAACUGUAAAUGCCAUGGACAAUUGUCUUCGAUUGUAACUGCAGUGGCCGGGGUGAGAGGAACGACUGAUUGAGAUUGAUGAAGUCGAUAGUCGAAAAAUGCGAAUGAAAUUCGCCAAUUAUUAUUUUAUUCUGAUAACGAGAAACAAAGAAAAAUAAAUUUCAUGGAGAAUAUCAAUAAACGGAGAUAAAAUUGGAGAAACAUGUAUUUGUAAAUGCCUAAUAAACAAUUUUGUCCCCAUUUAGUAACUUAAUAAAUAAAAUGAAUGUCAUGCGUAUAA